CUACUCUCUCAGACUGGCCGCGGUGGCGCGGUCCGCAGGCUUUGCAGCGGCAGGCUGUGCAGGGGCAGGCUUCACGGGCGCAGGCACCUUAGGUGCAGCCCCAGGACCAGGGGCCACUCUGCGUCGAGUAUCGUCAUCCACAGUGGGGCACUCGCCCUCCUUGGGAGGCGUCAGCUGGGCCGGCCUUCCCUCCGCAUCGACGGUACAGUCACCGAUGGCCAGGUUGUCGUCCUCACACUUAUCGUCAUCGUCGUCUGCGGCGCAGAAGUCGUCCCCGGUCACGUAGUUGCCCCCAUUGUUUUUACACACCACUUUGCCGAACACGCAAUUCUUCUUGGUUUCGAUUUCUGCAUCAUCGCCUUUGUUGUCGCUUAUCAAAACCCAAUUCACAAUAUUCUCAGUGGCAUCCCACUUGCCCUUGUUGUUGGUGUACUCGACGUUGUGCACGCGUUCCACGUCAUCGGCAUCACAGUCCACCUUCUCAUCAUCUUCAUCGACGCAUAUGUCACCGAGGUGGAAGUUUUCCUCCGUCGUUAUCUUGGUGUCUUGUUGUCGACUGCCCAGGACACGCAAGAGGAGACAACACGUCGAGACGAGUUCUCUCUUUCUUCUUCCAGCUUACAGUAGACCCGGGGCGAGUCGUUGUUGAACAAGUCGAAGUCGCAUUUGUUGUUUGUUAUCCCGAUAACACCCGUCGAUAUUCCGUCGCCG